UGAGACGCCUUCGACUUCUUGUUGCACACUGGGUUAUUCCAACACGAGAGACGACACAAUCGCGCCCGACGCCAUAGGUCGCAGCCAUACUGCGUAGCCCAGUAGGGAUACUAGGUUGGUCCAGUAGGGAUACUAGGGUGGCAUAAAUACGUCACUAACUAGUGCCACAGGCUCCGCGCAGCUCCGGCCUGGACCUUACCAGGUCCAAUAUGCAGCAGGCGGGCAGCUAGUGAACCCAGGCAGAGGCCUGAAAGGCUAAUCCCAAGUUAUAUAGCUAUCCUACAUCGGGCGGCGUGGGCCAGGAGGAAGCAGAAGCUCAAUUUCGCUUUUGGUUGACGCGGACGCUUCAAGAGGGACGAGGAAUGCCCCACGAGUUUAAGACAGCCGUUGUGUGGUUCCGGCGGGACCUUCGCGUGGACGACAACCCCGCUCUGGUGGCCGCGCUCGCAGCAGCACCCAAUGUGAUACCCGUGUUCAUCUGGGCGCCCGAGGAGGAGGGCCAGUUCCAGCCGGGACGCUGCAGCCGCUGGUGGAGCAAGCACUCGCUGGUGGACCUGCAGCAGGCGCUGGCGGCAUUGGGCAGCCGGCUGGUCAUCCGCCGCUCCACCGACUCCACUGCCGCGCUGCUGCAGCUCGUGACGGAGCUGGGCGCCGAGGCGGUGUUCUUCAACCACCUGUACGACCCCAUUAGCCUCAUGCGCGACCAUGACUGCAAGCGCGGCCUGACGGCGGCGGGCGUGGCGCACCGCACCUUCAACGGCGACAUGCUGUAUGAGCCGUGGGAUGUGCUGGACCCUAACAAGCAGCCCUACUCCACCUUCGACGACUUUUGGAACAGCGUCCGCGCCAUGCCGGUGCCGCCGCCGUUCCCCGUGUCGGCCCCCGCCUCCAUGCCAGCGGUGCCCGCCGCCGUGCCCAGCAUGACGGUGGCGGAGGUGGACUGGUUCUUCACGCCCGAGCAGGAGGCAUCCAGCGACCAGCUCAAGUUCAAGUGGAAGCCGGGCGUGGGCGGCGCCAUCAGCGAGCUGGAGCACUUCCUGGCGGAGCGACUGACGGAGUUCGAGCACGACCGCGCCAAAGUGGACCGCGACUCCACCAGUCGCCUGUCGCCCUGGAUCCACAUCGGCUCCAUCAGCGUGCGCUACAUCUUCUACCGGGUGCGGCAGUGCCAGGCGGAGUGGCUGGCGGCCGGCACGGACCGGGCCCAAUCCUGCGACGACUUCCUGCAGCAGAUGGGCUACCGCGAGUACUCGCGCUACCUGGCCUUCCACUUCCCCUUCAUCCACGAGCGUUCGCUGCUGCGCCACCUGCGCGCCUGCCCCUGGCGCAUCGACCAGCACGCGUUCAAGGCCUGGCGCCAGGGCCAGACGGGCUACCCCAUCGUGGACGCGGCGAUGCGGCAGUUGUGGAGCAGCGGCUGGUGCCACAACCGCGGCCGUGUGGUGGCGGCCAGCUUCCUGGUCAAGGACCUGUUGCUGCCGUGGCAGUGGGGCCUGAAGCACUACUGGGACGCACAGAUCGACGCCGACCUAGAGUGUGAUGCGCUGGGCUGGCAGUACGUCAGCGGAGGGAUGUCGGAUGCGCACCCGUUCAGCUACAUGAUGGACCUGGAGAAGGAGGCGCGGCGCUUCGACCCGGACGGCGAGUACGUGCGGCGCUGGCUGCCCGCGCUGUCGCGCCUGCCUACCGAGUACAUCCACGCGCCCUGGAAGGCGCCGGCCUCGGUGCUGGCAGCCGCUGACGUGGAGCUGGGGUGCAACUACCCGCUGCCCAUCAUCACCCGCAGCGACGCCAAGGCGAACGUGGACUACGCCUGCGGCGUGCUGGAGAAGAGCGCGGUGGCGCCCACAGGCAGCGAGAGCAGCGGGCGCUACCCUUACCGCGCGCCCACCUACCCCAACGCGGGCGGCGGCGGCGGUGCCAGCGGCGGCGUGGAUGGCGCGGGCAGCUCGGGCGGUAACCCGACGGCGGCGAUGGGCGCGAGCGGGGGAGCAGGGCCGUCGUCCGGGACGGGCACGGGCGGGCAGGGCGGUGCGUUCCGCGGCAGGGGCGACGGCGGCGGCAGCGCGCCGGUGUCGCAGCAAGGCGGCAUGCUGCCCCCGGGUGUGGCGGUUUGCGUGACGGCCGGCACCGGCGGCACGCAGCCCGACUCGCGCACCGUCAGCGGCGCGCACGCCGGCGUCAGCAACAGCGCCGGCGGCGUCGCCUGCGAUAUGCCGCCGCCCUCGCACUCGCAUCCGCGCGGCGGCAGCAGCGGCGUUGCUGCGGCUGGCGUGGGCGGCGUGUCAGGUGGGCCCUCCUCAGGGGGCGCAGCCGCGCCCGGCGCCACCCGCAAGGCCACGGCGCCCGGCGGCGCGGUUUUCUACCACCCCGGUGAGGCCUCGGGCGAGGGUCACGCGCUGCUGGAGCGCAUCCUGCAGCAGCAGCGCCGCCAGCGCGGCGCCGCGAACCGGCAGGACGGCAGCGGCACCAACCAGCCGCCGCCGCCCGUGUCGAUGCCCGGAAUGCUGGACGCUGCGGGAGCCGCAGGCGGCGGCGGCGGCGGCGGCGGCGGUUUGGCCGGGCUGCCGGGCGUGCUGCAGGGGCUGCACGGCGGCGCGGGCGCUACGGCGGCGCCGGCGGUGGCGUGGGCUGGCCGCGUGGCGGCGGGCGGCGUGGACGACAUGGAUGCCGUGGCGCUAUGGCAGCAGCAACAGCAGCUGCUGCAGGGCGGCGCCGCCGCCUUUGCCUUCGAGCAGGCCAUGGAGCUGCUGCUGGCGCGGCGCCGCGCAGGCGAUGGCGUCAGCGGCUUCUGUGGCGGUGACGCGCCCGGCCGCGGUGGCGGCGACGCCGACGAAGCCGACGGUUUGAUGCUGGAGGAGGACAGCGAGGAGGUGGUGAGCAACACAGUGGACCUUCACCUCUCGGCGUUCACGGGCGCCAGCUGCCACCGGCAGUCCGGCACCGCGCGCGGCGCGCGCGCGGCGGAGCGGCGGCUCAAGAAGGAGGCGGGCUCGCCCGAGGUGACGGACGGGGGCGGCAGCGCGGGCGCGGGGUGCGGCGAGGAGGACGCGAUGCAGUGCGAAGAUGAGGAGCACGGCGAGCGCGGUUCGCCGGCGCGCAGGACGGCUGACGAGGAGGCGCAGCCACCAGCCGAGGAGGGCGGCGCGGGCUCGGAGGACGCAGGCGCCGCGGCAAGUGAGGGCGAUGAGGCGGAGGGCUAUGGCAGCGAGAGCGCCAGCGAGGACAACGGCGGUGCAACGCCGGUGGAGGAGGCGGACCAGAUGGUGGUGGAUGGCGGCGGUGGCGGCGGUGGUGGCGGCGGUGGUGGCGGCGGUCGUGGCGGCGGGCAGCACAAGCGGCGGCGUUCCCAGUUGGAGGGGGAGCAGGGCGACGCCGCAUGGGAGUGAGAGUGCCGGCCGCAGGUCAUUCAAGGGUAGAUCUUUGAGCUGUCGAGCCGGAAGGUGGAGGCACGCAGCGCGUUACAAGGAGGCUUCUUUGUGGCGAAGAGAUUGAGAUGCUCAACAAACAUUCACGUCUACUUAGUCUGUAUGCAUGCGUAGAAGUUCUUGUUUGACGGGCGGUUUUUGUGAGGCGCUGGUCACCCGUUCUGACACCUUGGUCGACCGUUGUUGGCUGUGGUGGACAACUCGGUGUGCACCGGGUGCUGCUAUGUGCUCCACGGACACGUACUCGCGCGCGUUCGCCAUUGACUGCGCGACAUAGAGUUCUACGGCAUUGGCACUUGGGCUUACAAUGUCACUGGCAUCACGUGUCAAUAAAAUGAAUAAUGGCAGGCACCUGUUGCAGCACUGUUGGCGCGAUUGCAACGCGUGCGAAAGGCAAUGCCUGCAACAACAAGCAGUGCUGUGAGUAGGGAGCGCCACUGAGUCUGUGCAGGCGUUUGGCUAGAUGUGUGUCAGAGCUAACCAUGUCGGCCGGUCGCCAAGUCUGGCGACCCGCUCCAGCUGCUCAUUGUUAGGAAGCCACGAUAAGAGGCUCGCAUGGUCAUAUAGCGGUUUCGCGGUUUGAAGCGGCAAGGAAGUGGCGCGGUAUGUCCUAAUGGAGCGUGAAGUUUCACCGCACUGAACGUGAGUACGGCAAUGAACGGCGGCUGAGAAUGAUAACGCUGCCGGAGAAAUAAAGGUGCACAUAACAGCACCGCCGCAAAAAGAUACGGGGCUGGCGGCCGUGUGCUGGCGUUCUCCCUCCACGCGGCGCUGCAUUGGGCGCACAUGGAGGGGGAAGCCGCCGGCCACGCGCCACUCAUGUCCUGGGUUCGCUUACUACUGCAAUUUUCGCUCAUUGAUCGAAGGAAGGUAGGGGUGGCUUGAUGGCAAUUGCCUGUGCCUUGCCUUUCGGUCUCUGCUACUCUGUCCCAGGCUCUGGUUUUGUUAGCUUUCCUUAAACCCUGACCUGGCGUAUAGCAUGAUGGUGCCUGGUUCGUGUGAUCGCGCGUGAUCGCGCUCCGUUUGGGCGUUUGGAUGCGGGCGGUGGCUGUAGAGGUUUUACUUGAGCCAUGUUUGGAGAGAAGGCAAAUGUGGCGGACCUUCGGCCUCUGACGGUGGAUGUGUUGCAGGUAUCAGCAGGUGUAGCCCUCUUCUCCUUGUGCUGUCUUGUUGACCGAAGGGUGGAGAAAUGAGACCCGAAAGACGGUACAUUGGUCUUAGCCUGGAGAGUUCAAUCUUGUGGGCCUUGUGGCCCACCCAAAAUCGUAUGAAGGGGUAAGUAGAGGUGCGGGGGGAGGGAGGGGGCGGUUGUAGCAAGGGACCCCUUCCCUAGCGCCUGCACCUGCUUGAGAAUGCAGGGCGCUGCCGUUGCCGUUGCGGCCAGGGCUUUCUUUGGAUCCGUUUGGACAGGCAGUUGUAAUGCUCAAUCGGA